UUAAACCGGUGUUUAAACGUAAACCAACGAAUAUAAACGCUUAUAUAAUGAGAAUAUUACAGAAUAAAUAUAUAAUUCACAUAUUCAUUGCGUAAACUGACCAACAAAACAAACUGUACAAAAGGGUACUGUGUAAAAGUGUGGUAAAAGUCAUUGAUGUCAAUCAGUCAAGCAUGUGUCAUGUGCCAUGUUGCCAUGUAUCAUGUCAAUCGAUCCCGGUGAUUUCGCUUUUUCGCUUUUUGGGGUGUAAAAUUCGGAUAUAUAAAAUUAAGUUUAAUUCAAUGGAAGUAAAACAAGAAAUUAGCGAGGAGACGUGUAAAGUCGAAAUAGGAUACAGUGAAUUUGACCAUGCUCUUUUAAAUGUAAAUGACUUCAAAUGUGAAAUUAAAGAGGAAAUCAAUAGGCAAAGUACACAUGACACUUAUCAUUAUUUAGACUUAAUUAAAUGCCCUAUAAAAACUGAAAUAGAACAUGGAAAUAACCUUAACCCAUUUAAACAACACCAAAAAACUGAAAAAGGUUAUCUCCAAGAUGACCACAAAACGGAAAUCAUGGAGACACUAAUUGAAGAUUUAUCUUACGAAGGCAAUUAUAUGACUCAACAAGUUGAAGGGAAACCGUUAAUCACAAAUAUGAAACUUGCGACUGAACAAAGACUUUACAAAUGUGAAGUUUGUUUUAAGGAGUUCGUUAGAGCAUUCGAAUUGAAAACACAUGUGAGGGUGCAUACUGGGGAAAAACCUUACAAGUGUGAAAUUUGUUUAAAACAAUUUAGGGAAGGAGGUACUUUGAGAAAACAUUUGAGAGUGCACACUGGGGAAACACCAUACAAGUGUAAAAUUUGUUUUAAGCAGUUUAAGCAAGCAGGUACUUUGAAAACACAUUUGAGAGUGCACACUGGGGAAAAACCUUACAAGUGCGAAAUUUGUUUAACACAGUUUAGUACUACAGGUAGUUUGACUACACAUUUAAGAGUACAUACUGGGGAAAAACCUUAUAAGUGCGAAAUUUGUAGUAAGGACUUUACUAGAGCAGGUGAUUUGAAAUCACAUUUGAGAGUGCAUACUGGGGGAGAAUCUUACAAGUGUGAAAUCUGUUCAUCACUGUUUAGUACUACAAGUAGUUUGAAAAUACAUUUAAGAGUACAUACUGGAGAAAAGCCUUAUCAUUGUGAAAUUUGUUUUAAGGAGUUUAGUAGAGCAGUUGAUUUGAAAAAACACCUGAGAGUGCACACUGGGGAAAAACCUUACAAGUGUGAAAUUUGUUUAACGCAGUUUUCUCAGGCAGGUAAUUUGAAAACACAUUUGAGAGUGCACACUGGAGAAAAACCUCACAAGUGUGAAAUUUGUUUAACAGAGUUUGGUACUGGAAGUCAUUUGAAAAGGCAUUUAAGAAUGCAUAGUGGAGAAAAACCUUAUCAAUGUGAAAUUUGUUUAAACCAAUUUAGAGAACUAGGUACUUUGAAAUCACAUUUGAUAUGGCACACUGGGGAAAAACCUCACAAGUGUGAAAUUUGUUCUAUGCAGUUUUCUCAGACAGCUUCUUUGAAAAAACAUUUGAGAGUACACUCUGGAGAAAAACCUCACAAGUGUGAAAUUUGUUUAAAACAGUUUAGUUCCACAAGUAAUUUGAGAACACAUUUGAGAGUUCAUAAUGGGGACAAACCUUACAAAUGUGAAAUGUGUUUUAUGCAGUUUAGUACUUCAAGUAAUUUGAAAACACAUUUGAGAGUGCAUACUGGGGACAAACCUUACAAGUGUGAAAUCUGUCUUAUGCAGUUUUCUCAGGCUGGCUCUUUUAAAACACAUUUGAGAGUGCAUACUGGAGAAUAGAGAUGAUGGAACUGGAGCGGGUGUCUCGGACUAGGUUUCAAUCGUCUAUUCCACGCACCAGUGACAAAACGUCUACGGCAUCAGUUUCGAUUCCACAUUAGUUCAGUGCACUUUGAGCGUCGGUCGGACAAGAGAUUUGCAAUAAAACUUGAACUGGUUUCUGGAAAUAGGUUUUAGACAUCAAUAAGGGCACCGUAGAGAACGCAUCGGCAGCGGAUAACAUCUUUUUAACGGGAUCGGUUCAAAAGAAGUUUAGAUCUGUACUUAUACAACAGAUUUCUAAUCCAUGGCAUGUAUGUCAUGUAGAAAGACGUCUCAACCCUUAUGUAGUAACGUUAACAUUAAGUCAUUACAUCUUAAAUCAAUGACGUAAACACUAACUAACCGCCUGACAGACGGGUUUAACAUUUUAGUGGUAAUUUUUGUUCUUGUUAAAUAUUUUAAUGCAAAAAAUAUCUCCAUGACUUACUGAAAGUAUUGAUUAUCUAAAAAACACAGUAGUUAAUCUAGUUUUUCUAUAUUUAUUAAAAUACAAAACAUUAUAACAAGAAUGGAAGGAUUGUUUGUGUACCUUUUUACUCGUGACAAAAAAGUGUGAUAAAAAUUAAACAAAUUAAAGAAUCUUAAUUAAAAUUUAUAAUCAAGUUAAACAAAGAGUAAGAAAAAUGAAAAUAAAAAGUUUUUUAAAAAAUGUUUUAAAAAACACAAAAAAAACUGACAGGUACUACAGCUAGUACAGUGUAGCAAUGGUAGUCAGUGGCAAUAUUUUCAUCACAAAUUGAUUCAACUUCGCUUAUGUCGUCUUCUACCUCAUCAAACCACUUCAGAAGAGUUUCCUCAAGGUCUUUAUUCCCUUAUUUGAUGUUUUUUCACGAACUGGGGCACAUUAUGUGUAAUGACAAACUGGGCACAAAUACUAACACCCGUCUAUUAGACGGAAAUCACAUUUUGAGCCUAAAUAUCUUUCGAAUAACAACCUGCCGCAAAUUGCCGAAUUCAGUACUACUAAAGAACAACCCAACUUGAAAAGUCAUAAACGGGUGACCUUCAAAAUUUUCUAGGAAGGGAAAUAUCCCACUUUCGACUAGCGAUGCCGUCUGAGAGACGGGGUGUUAGUACAGUACUUAAGGGUUAAACUUUUAAAAUUUUGACUGUUUCUGAUUUUGUUUUUAUUAAUAUUUAUAUGACUAUAAUCUAAUCUUGUGUAAUAACUUAGUGUCUUCAUUUUCCAUUUGUAUAAACGAAUUUUAAAUAAAACUCGGCUUUAAUUUAAAACCCCAUAA